AUGGUCAACGCCCUCUACGACUUCGGCAACUUCCAGUACAGCUGCGGCAACUACGGCGGCGCUGCCGAGCUGCUGUACCAGUUCCGCGUGCUGUCCACGGAUAACGACCGCGUCGCCGCCGCCACCUGGGGCAAGCUCGCCUCCGAGAUCCUGACCACCAACUGGGAGUCGGCCCUCGAGGAGAUCACCAAGGUCAAGGAGACCAUCGACACCAAGCUCUUCAACAACCCGCUCGCCCAGCUGCAGCAGCGCACCUGGCUCCUGCACUGGGCCCUGUUCCCCCUCUUUAACUUUGAGGGCGCCCGCGAGCCCGUCCUCGAGCUCGUCUUCUCCCCCAACUACAUCAACACCGUCCAGACCGCCUGCCCCUGGAUCCUGCGCUACGUCGCCGCCUCCGUCAUCGCCGGCCGCGGCCGCUUCCGCAACGCCGGCCUCCAGCAGAAGCAGCUCAAGGACAUUGUCCGCGUCAUCAAGCAGGAGGCCUACGAGUACACCGACCCCGUCACCGACUUUGUCCGCGCCCUGUUCUUGGACUUUGACUUUGAGGAGGCCCAGCGCCAGCUGCCCCGCGCCGAGGACGUCCUGCGCCAGGACUUUUUUCUCGCCGGCGUCGCUGACGCCUUUGUCGACGCCGCCCGCCACCUCUUCUUCGAGUCCUACUGCAAGAUCCACGCCCGCAUCGACCUCAAGCGCGUCAGCGAGCAGCUCGGCCUCAACGUCGACGACGGCGAGAAGUGGAUCGUCAACCUCAUCCGCGACACCCGCCUCGACGCCAAGAUCGACUUCAAGGAGGGCACCGUCAUCAUGAACCACCCCAACAGCUCCGUCUACCAGCAGGUCAUUGAGCGGACCAAGGGCGGCUUCUUCCGGACACAGGUCCUGACCGCCGCCGUGACCCGGUAA